AUGCAAGAAACAAAUAAUUUGUAGUAGAUCUUGAGUUCAAAUAACACCAAAAAGCCUAAUAAUCCUCAGUCUUAACAGUAAAUCUAGAGCACCUCUUAGUUUUUCAACAAGAACAGGUAAAACAACAAUAAGAAUCUUAAAAACAAUAACAGCUAGAAUCCUUACUAUAGAGGCGAGAACAAUCCAGCAGGCUAGUCAUAAAUAGAUAAGGAAGUCAACAUGAUGCCUGAGUCUGGUUAUUAAAAUUCUAAUUAGAUUAAUACAAAUUAUAACUAGAUAAAUUAGAAUUAGAUGAACCAAAAUCCAAACUAGAUCAAUCAAAAUCCUAAUUAAAUGAACUAAAACCAAAAUCAGAUGAACUAGAAUCAAAAUCCGAUGAACUAGAAUUAAAAUUAAAUGAAUUAGAAUCCUAAUUAGAUGAACUAAAUUCCUGGCUAGAAUCCAAAUUUUAAUAUAAAUGCUCCUCAUGGCUAGAAUCCUCAAAGAAGAAACUACUCUUAUAAAUUCUAAAAGGACUAUUGUAGACCUUAAAUGAAUAUGCAAAACAACUUUUAAAGCUAUCCCAAUAACAGAAAUUACGAAAAUAAUAUGAAUCCUACUAGAGGAGAAUUUUUCUAGGGCUAUUCAAAUCCUCCUUAGCAAAACCAUUUCAAUUAGUAAAAGUUUUAACCUUAAUAUUAGGGUUAACAUUAUUACGAUAAUCAGUAUAUGCAGAAUAAGUUCUACUAAAAUCAAAAUUACGAAAAUCAAGCUUAAAGCAAAAACUAAGACAACCCUAAUAGAUCUAAUACUGAUAAAGAAAGAUACUUCGAUUAAGAUAGAAAGAUCAAGUAAAUUGUAGAACAAGUGGUUGAGUAAGUUAUUGAACAAAAAUUUUAGGAAAAGGAGGAUAUUUUCAGGGAAAAGCUCUAAGAAAAGGAUGACAUUAUUACUGAUUUACUAGAAAAACUUAAAAUAAGAACAGAAGACAAUACUUAGAACACUGUUUCGACUGCUAAAUUUGAAAAAUAAGUCAUUUAAUCUGAAAUAUAUCCUGAAAUUCAUUAAGAAAUUUUAGAAAAGAAAAACCAGGAUAGACAACGUGCCCGUACUCCUAAACGUAGCUAGUACAAUUAUGACAUGCAUUCGGAGAGAUCAAGAACUGUAGAGUCCAAAUGCUAGGAAUCAAAAGAUUAAAUAACACCUAAGAUAGGGAACAAAAUGCAGAAAUCAGAUGCCAUGAGCACUUUAAAAUCCUAAGAUAUCACUUUCUGUUGUGAAAAUAUCCAAAGCUGA